AUGAACGCAACCAAGGUCCUCCAGGCUGGCCGCCAGCCCAUGAUCCGCUUCCUUGGCAAGCGUACCACUCCCAGCCACAUCGACCACACUCCUCAGGCACACCCAGCCUCCCCAACCCACUCGCUUCCUGAGUCCUUCGCCAGCUACCGCCAGAAAGCACAGCAGCAUGGCCCUUUGAACCAGUCUCGCGACUUCUCCAGCGGCGUCGGCAGCACUCCUGGUUCUUCCCUUGGCCCCGUUGAGGCGGGCAAGGGCUUCUACUUCGACCGUUCCGAGCUUCCCGCACGGUUCCAGCGGACGGUUUACUCGCAGGCUGAGAUCGAUGCCAUCGAGUCCGGCGGUGCCAGCAUGUUCGCAUAG